CACGAGUCGUGGCAGCUACGCACGCUAGCACGAGAUCAAAGACGAGCAUGGAGGAAGUAGUCGCCGAGCUGUCGUCAUAGCCGGACGCACUGGCGCUCUGCUGAGCUAACGUCAACAGCGUCAGAGCUCGUGCUUUCAGGCGGCAAACAAUAACACUGGCUACUCAGGCACACGCCGCUGUCACUCCCUCAUCAUCAAGGAUGUCACUCAUGACGUCGAGGCACAGAGAUUUGCCGUCAAGGGAAGAGAGAGGUCAAGUGAACGACGCGGAUGAGGAUACCCAGAGCGUCUCACGAGCUGCACAACGGUCGCGAGCGAGCACGACACGAGCGGUCGACAUCUUCCAAGAUGCAAUGGACGUGCAGCCCGAAUGGGUCGAAGCUCUGCACGCCUACACGCCGUCAGACGCAAUGCUCGCCAGGCCACAGGACACAAGCGAUGGCGAGCCGAGCGCACAGAAAGCAUGUCUGGCCUUCAAUCCUGGCGAUCUGAUACGCGUCAUCCACAAGGAUCCCUCAGGCUGGUGGGAUGGCUGCAUCAAGCAGGAGAGAGCCCUCGUUCGAGGCUGGUUUCCCAGCAAUUAUGUCAGGGAGAUUCAAAUAGAAUCAUUGCGCGAUGGUGCCGGCCAAGCUGCCGCAGCAGAUGACACCGUUGUCGCCUCGAGUAGCGCAGACACCCUCGUCAUCAGCAGUAGUCAUGCUGCGCCAACUCUCGAGGAGCGUCGGCCCUCACUACGACUGGCCCAAUCGUACGAUCACUCACGUGUUAAUUCAGUUCGUGAGGGUAGGCCGGUUCUGACAAGCGCGCAUUCAUCACCUGCCAGGUCCAAUGCGCCAUCGCCGGCUUCCCAAGUGCUCGACGCGAAGCGUGCCACGGGGGCCGCGAUGAUCGGGUCUGCCGCUCUGUCGCGUGCACGAACGACAGAUGCGCCUGAAUUUACGGACAUGCUCAGAGCAACGCGGCAUGCCAUUGGAUUGCUCCGGAAAGCAGUCUCUGCUCGAGACUUGUCCCACUAUCAGCCCUCGACGGCGUGUCUGAUUUCAGCCAUUCGUGCAGUCCUGUGCGCGACCGGCUGCCUCGAUAGGGACUCUGAGCAGCUUGCCUGCUUUCCGCAGCUAGCAAUACAGCGUAAGCUCGUUCUGUCCGCGCUGGCAAGACUAGUCAAUCAAGCUCGAAAAGCAUCGACGUUGGAUGAGAACGUAGCGCCAGGCAGCGAGGCGCCCAUCGGUCCGACUGCGCUUGUCAUGAUAGAUAUGGCAGAGGGCGUCAUGGCUCAGAUCGAGCAAUUCCUGGCCAGUCUAUUCGAGUGCGGUUAUGAUCCCGUUAAACCACCGGACAGUCCUCGCAUGCGCGAGCCAUCCAGCGACACCGUGACGGGGCCAGUGCAAGAGCCGCGGGGCGAGCUCGCUAGACCCACAUCGCGGCUGCUGCCGAGAGCGUCUUUUCUGAGCGGUGCCCGCAAGUCAAGCAAUCCGAAAAAGCCAGAACUACACAAAGUGAGGAGUCUGGGCGAUUUGCGCAACAGGCGUCGGUCAGCAAAAGACUCGGCCCCAGUGCCAAUGCCUGGAUCUCCACGACUGGAAGAUUCGAUGCCGAUACGUCCCUUGCUUCAACGGGGCAGCACAGCAAUGCGUAGCUUCAUGCAAGCGGCAGAGCAGCAGCCAACGGUCAGUGCAGAUGCACAAUCAGGCUGGCAUGCCCCUCUGCGCCUCCAUACUGCGGCCGAGAUCAAGUCGAUCAUGUCGCAAUUACAUGCGCAGCUCCUGCGGACCGUCGCUGCAUUUGUCAGUCAAGCCCAGGUGCAUACGAGCACGAGCCAUGCAACGAGCUUCCUCUAUCUGCUCGAUCUAGCAGAGGAGGUCAUUGGCACCGUUCGAGAGAUCCUCGACAUCAUCGAUGUCAUGCGCUCUUCGGAUUCUGACCGAGCCAUAGAAGAUGCCCACUUGCUUGAUAUCUCCAGCAAUGCAGUCUCCAGAGCUAGUAUCGAUCUAGCGCAAGCGACGGAAAUCUCGCUCAAGCGAAACGCUACUGCGAGUGAUCACCGGCAUCUACUGCACUGUGCUACGCUCGUGCUGCAGACCGCUGCAGAAUCUAGCUCAGCGGUGACUAUCUACCUCAGUCACAGACUGGCAGAAGACGGCUAUGCGCUUUCCGAGCCGGCGUCGUCUAGCAUUGUGCGCCGGAAUGGCUCGCCGGAUGAGCUUGCGUUUGCCUUAGCACGACUAGCCAACCAACGCCAAGAUUUACAAACGUCUGAGCCAGAGGAUUUUGCUCGCGCUCGGAGCUCCUACGAGCGCAUCGAGCUUCUCGCGGCCGCGCAGCACAGCGCAAAGCCUGACACUCACACCUCAGCUGGAGGACGUCCACAACUGAUGACCGACCGCAGCAGUAUCUAUGGCGUACAAUACCAGGGCGGCGAGUCUAUGCACCGAGAGUUGUCAUCACGUACAUCUGCCUCAACAGCGAGUUCCUGGCGGUCGGGCGCGUCUGAUGCAGAUACGAAUAACACCUCGCCUCGUAGCUCCUGUGGGACGCCGAUCGAGCUGAGGGAGUUUCAUGACAUUGCCAGAGUUCAAGAUGGCUCGCGGCUUCCUGCAGGCGCGCGUUUGCCCGCCAGUGCAAAACGGGCAGAAGAACUCGCAUUCAUGCGUAAUGAGGACAAAAGUGCGACGGCCCACGUUGAUGGUGGCUCGAUACGACGCGACUACGAGCCGCGCGAGAUCUGUUUCAACGCAGAUGGACACAUCACUGGCGGUACGCUGCGAUGUCUCGUCGAGCGCUUGACCCUAUCCGAUACCACGAUCGAUCCCAUCUUCGCCUCGACAUUCUUGAUGACAUUUCGCCUGUUUGCCAGCCCCGCAUCGUUUGUGCAAGCAUUGAUCGAGCGCUAUGACUCGCAGAUCCGGUCGCAAGUGCAGCCGACUAAUCGCGCGACGCCAGUAUCACUUCGCAUCUACAAUUGCCUGAAAUCUUGGCUAGAGACGUAUUGGCAGCAAGAUACAGACGCAGUAGUCCUCGACCAACUUGACGUCUUUGCUCGGGAGGCAUUGACCGCGACCUUGCCAACACCAGCCCAACGUCUGCUCGACCUGAUCGCUCGACGACGCUACAGCGUUGGAGGAUUGGCGCAGCGCUCUCUCAAACGGAUGACCUCGAUCGACUGCAUCAAGUCAAGCUUUCAGCCAAACGCGAACGAUCAGGCGCAAUACUCGCCACCCGCGCAGCUCCUGGCGCCGCCGACGCCUCUCCUCAACAAAGGUGCCAUGCAGACGCUCCGAUCUGGCUCCUUCGAUCGCAUCGGCGUACUCGACUUUGAUCCUCUGGAGCUUGCAAGACAGCUGACGCUCAUGGAAUCGCGAUUGUUUUGCGCCAUCACGACCCGUGAAUUACUGGGCCAGGAGUUCAGCAAGAAGCAAGGCACUGCGAUCAACGUCAAGGCGAUGAGCUCGCUCAGCACCCGGCUAACCGGCUGGGUAGCAGAGACGAUCGUCGCGGAACAGGACGCGAAGAAGCGUGCCGUUCUCCUGAAGUAUUUCAUCAAGCUAGCAGACCGUUGCAAUUGUUUGCGCAAUUACAACUGUUUAAUGGCGAUUAUGGCGGCGCUUGACUCAUCGACCAUCUCGCGAUUGAAGAAGACUUGGGAAGGAUUGUCGGCAAAAUAUAAACAGUUGGUCGAAUGCUUGCGCAAGUCCGUUGAGCAUACACGCAACUAUAGCGACUAUCGUGCUAUGAUCCGCAAUGCGGUUCCACCAGCGCUGCCGUUCCUUGGGCUAUAUCUGACCGACCUGACAUUCUGUCAAGAUGGCAAUGCCGCUACACGCCCAUCACCGCAGGACAAGACGCUUCAGCUGAUCAAUUUCGAUCGCUAUCAGAAGAUUGCAAAGACCGUUCGCGACUUGCAGCGGUUCCAAGUCCCCUACAACCUGUCAGAGAUCCCGGAGAUCCAAGCCUACCUGGAUCACGUUUUGCGCAGCUUGCCUACCGAGAGCAAUGACCUCUAUAGACGAAGUCUGCUUGUCGAGCCUAGAGCACCUGCUGAGCCAUCCCCCGCAACGUUCUCAGAGCUCAGCGCCAAUAAGAACAUUUGGACCAGCUGGGCACGCGCCUAGGUGGCCGCACACGAUCACACGACACACUGAUAUCUUUGUGCUGUUGUCACCAAUAUUUGUUGAUUCGACGCAUCAUCACAUUGCACGCUCAUAGCACAGCGCAUCGUUCAGACGAU